GGUGGCGCUAACAAGGUUGCUUGCCAACUGCCAUAAAGGAAGAAGAAGAAGAAGAAGAAGAGAACAUGUCGCUUGCCAACCGCCAUUAAGUCAAAGGAAGAAGAAGAAGAGGAAAAAGAAGAAGAAAAGGAAGAAGAGGAGAAAGAAGAAGAAAAGGAAGAAGAGGAGAAAGAUGGCGUGUAAACGAGGUGCUCUCAUCGUGCUGGAGGGGGUGGACAAAGCAGGGAAAAGUACGCAGUGCAAGAAGCUGGUGGAGGCGCUGCAGCAGAGCGGACACGCCGCGGAAAUGAUGAGGUUUCCGGACAGAACCACGACAAUCGGGAAGCUGAUCAGUGCUUACCUGGAGAAGAAAAGUGACCUGGAGGACCACACGGUGCACCUGCUCUUCUCCGCCAACCGCUGGGAAAUGGUGUACGUUGGAGUACAUGUAGAGAAUCCAUGCGCAGCACAAAGUAGUCCUAUUAAAAACAAAAAGCUGCACUUGUCUCCACACUGCAGGCCUCACAUGAAGAGCAGGCUGGAGCAAGGCACCACCCUGGUGGUGGACCGCUACGCCUUCUCCGGCGCGGCGUUCACCAGCGCCAAGCCCGGCUUCAGCCUGGACUGGUGCACCCGGCCGGACGUGGGGCUCCCCAAGCCGGACCUGGUGGUGUUCCUGCAGCUCAGCCCGGCCCAGGCGGCGCUGCGGGGCCAGUUCGGCGAGGAGCGCUACGAGACCGGCGUCUUCCAGAGAGCGGUGCAGCAGAGGUUCGAGGAGCUGAUGAAGGACUCUUCCGUCAACUGGAAGGUCGUGGACGCGUCGCAGAGCGUGGAGGACGUGCACGAUGACAUCACGGCGCUGAGUCUCCACGUCCUCAAAGUGGCUCAGGAGCAGCGCCUGGAAGAGCUUUGGAAGUGAGCGUCCACAACUUUUGUCUUUUGUCCUGUACACAAUGUCCACUUUUUAACUACACAAACAUUAAAGCACCACAUGUGACACACGUC